AUGGGACUGACACUCCAAGUUGACACCGACAACGACAACGUCAGCCAGGAGGAGAACGACUGGCUGCAAUAUCAGGAACAGGCCGAGUCUGGCAGCGACUGGGACUCGGACGAUGAGUUCUUCGACGAAAAAUCAAAUAACCCUUUCAUCCGAGCCGGCUUCAUUGCCUUGAACUUGGCGAAAAAAUGUGACACGUUCUUCGCCAAGGUUGGGAUACGGAAGGCUGAAAUGUUCCGUCACCCCCGGACUGGAAAUUGCAUGAAAUGUGGAGGCAUGAACCAAGGGUUCUUCUCUGCAAUCAUGAGUAUUGAAAUGGGUGCCGCGGCUGGGUGUCCGUCUUGCAGUAUCAUCAAAGCUGGCGUGCGAGCAUGCCUACCAAGGCAUAUUGCCCGUAGCUCCAAAGUCUCUGUGAUGGAGAGUUGGAACUCGGGAUGUGCUGGACGCCAGUUUAUCAGAACGAAAAGGAGAUCAGCAACAAUCCCCGGUGCUUACGGCGUCAUCGUUAUCAGGAGCAGCCAUCUAGAUAUCAGCAAUGUCUUUGUCCGCUCGACGGAGUUGCGAGAGGAUGUUGUUGCCGAACUCAACUUUUUCGGCACCAAAGAGGAACCGGCAUCGUGGGACUCCAUCGGCCUCGCUUACCACAUAUCCGGAGACACGUCCUCAGACGAAGCUUUUCGGUGGUUCCGAGCGCGCCUAGAGCACUGCAUUUCGGAGCACUCAUUAUGCAAGGCGGCAGACAACGACGGCCGAAUGCCAACCCGGGUUCUGGACUUAGGGCCUUUCGAUGGUCUUACUGAAAGCGAGGGUUCGCAAGAGACAUCCGAUGGUGAUAUCCGACUUCACGAGACCCGAGGUACUUGCGACAGAUAUGUCUGUUUGAGCUACUGCUGGGGGGGCACCAUAGAUAUCCGCUUGACCAAAGAACGAUAUCACUCAUACACAAAUCGCAUUACUUGGUCAUCCUUACCUCAAGGGUAUCGAGAUGCAAUUGGACUGACGCGCAAGCUUGGAAUCCGCUACAUCUGGAUUGACUCGCUUUGUAUCAUUCAGGACGACAAGGAGGAUUGGAGGGCAGAGGCAGCUCGCAUGGCAUCUAUCUUCCAAGGUGCUCACGUCACCAUCUCAGGGACGAAGUCCUCGAGCCCCCACCAGAGCUACUUCACGCAAAGCCCAGACAAGUACAUGGCAAAGAGAGUAGAGCAUUACGAUGGCGAAGGGAAGAGAUGGUUUGCAAACGUGCGGCAGACCGUUCCGCACUUCUUCUCGUCCGACGCAUCUGGGGAACCAAACUACAGUCCGGGCGACUUCCCUUUGCUAAACCGUGGCUGGGUGUUCCAGGAGCGUCUUCUAUCUCCCCGAAUACUACACCUGGGUGACGUAGAGAUGGCGUGGGAAUGCAACGAGGUCUGCGCCUGCGAAUGCAUGGGAGAGACCACAACAUACGAGACCGAACCGAGAUGGGCGCAUACCAAAGGUGCUCACGCACGAAACCUAGCAUCUGCUACUGAGGCCAAAGAGCUAUACCCAGAUUGGCGCAGCACGGUAGAGAACUACAAGAAGACGAGGCUCACCUAUCAGAAUGACAUCCUCCCGGCCAUUGCAGGUGUUGUAAAGAAUAUGCAGAGAUUCCGAAAGGACAAGUACUUAGCCGGGAUCUGGGAAGACAGCCUACUCGACGAUCUCGCCUGGCAGGCUACUCAAAGCGUUUUACACCGGCCAGACAAAUGGACAGCACCAACGUGGUCAUGGGCAUCCGUGACUUCAAAGAUCAACUACUCCAACCUGCGUACGAUCCUGGCGUCUAAGUUCCUUGUAGAACCCGAUCUGAAGGCGCAAAGGACCGUGGUCAUUGAAGCUUCAACAGAGUCUGCUGGAGCAGAUCCCACGAUCGAGGUCAUCUCGGGUCACAUAGCUCUUUCCGGCCCGAUGAUUACAGCGCGCUUAGAGUGUGACGAAGAGGAGGAAAAUAACGAUCUUCUCCGAACAUAUUACGCUUUCCAUGGUAGCACGAUGUUCGAGAUAGCCCCUGACUACGAUUUCCGGGCGCCAGGGAAAGACUGUGUGCCGCUCGGCAGCACUAUUUAUCUCUUACACUUGUGCAGAGAGCCGGAACUUCGAAACAAGAACGGUACAGGCUAUAAGAAGAUGCCAACCAAAGUCUUUUCCCUCGUCCUCCGAAAGGUGGCUGAUGGUGAAGGCACUCAUGCCGAUAGCGGUCCAAGUAGCAAACUUGAAGGCAACGUAAAGAGCGAUGAGUCUUCAAUGGGGCCCAAUGAUGGGACGUACGAAAGGAUUGGAAUAUUAAUCUUAACCAGCGAUGAAGAUGGGAUGGAGGAUUACGUGGUAGAGAAUGGCCGAGACUGCGUGGUGAAGUUGAUCUGA